UCUCUAAAAAGUCCAAACCCUAAUUUUGAAAUCAAUCCAGCCCUCUUGUGUCCAAAAGUCUCACAGUUUCAAAGACCCGCAACAGGAAAAGAACUGCUCGUUUUUGAAAUCAAUUAGCCACCAGUGAUUUCUGCUCGUUUCAUCCAGCGACCGACGAAUUAUGUUCGUUUCAUACAGGUGAAGGACGAAUUCUGCUCGCUUCAUUCAGGCCAGUGGCAGAGGCGAUAUUUUCUGCUGGCCACUGCUGUGAAGAACCUAUCGAGGCAUUUUCUGAUCCAGAACUCUCUUCGAUUUCUUAAGGUUACUGUCUUCUGACAAUGACUACUGAUGGAAGCAAACAGCUCAAAAGCCAUGCCAUACCGCCAGGUGAGCUACACGUGCAGAAAUUUACGGAAUCACGAGCUUCUGAACUCGAUUCCCUCUACUCAACAAUUGCUAGUCGGUUGAACAACGAUUUUAGAUCUCAGCGAAACAAGAGGAGAAGAACUACUGGUUUCGACAAUCGGGCUUCUAAAACUCGAUUUAGAAAGAAGCAAAAAGUUGGAAUUUUGAACCAAACAAAAAGGGAUGGAAGUUUAGAGAAAAGUGUUAACAAGGCUCCCCCUCGUCACAUUAGGCGCAAAAAGGAGCUUAACAAGAAUCUUGAAAGCGGGUUUUGCGUAUCUGGUGAUGGGACAAAGAGGCUUCGAACUCACGUUUGGCAUGCGAAACGGUUUACGAUGAUUAAGCGUUGGGGUUUCCACCUUCCUCUCGGUUUGCAUGGCAGAGGGAAAGGCUCAAGAGCACUCUUAAAAUGGUUAGAAAAUGGAACUAUUAUUCAUGAUGCUAGCUAUUAUAGUGCUGUUCAACUGCAGGGUUCACAGGAUUCAAUAUUGUCGAUUUUAAGCAGCGUAAUGUCACCUUUUCCUUCAUCGGAUACUGAAGAUGUACUUUCUGGUGGUAUAUAUGCUUCUUCAAUGCUUCAUCAUGCUGGAGCAAUUGAUUCACGUACAAUUGCACCAGUUAUUUAUAUGUGGAGACCUAUUCAGCAGCCAACGGAUGCUGAGUCAGAAUGUGAUCAAACCAAUGAGUUAAGGCAUUUAUGGAUAUGGAUACAUGCUGCUGCAUUAACUGAAGGUUACAAUGCUUUGAAAAGUGCUUGUGAAAGUCAGGUAUCUCAGGUUAAUGAGGAUUUUGCUUCUGUUCGAUGUAUUUCGCUCGAGGGGCAAUUUGGAUCAUUGGAAGUGAUGGGUUCAAAAGCAUCUCAGCUUCUUCAAAAGAUACUACAUCCGGUUAGCAGCAUGUCUGAGAAAUCUUCUUGUUUGAGGAAGUGUUCAUUAAUGGGAGCUGUUGAAGAACACACCCCUUGUUCUGGAAUAAGUUCUUUUACAGUUAAUGAUCCCCGUGCUUUGACCAACGAAAACACGGAGUUUGACUCAAGUUACACUGAUUUGUGGGAUGCUGAAAAAGGGUUGUGCUGUCCAGUAGAAGAAAGUGUUCUUUGUAUGGAAAAACACCAUCAACGUCUUCUGUCUUUCUGUCUUCCUGACAAAAAUUCGGCUGCUUCAACCGGAAUACAUUCUUCGAGAGUUUGCCCCAUUAUUCUUAUCAGAAGGAAUAAGCUAAUGGAUUCAGUUACAAGGUGGACUAUUAUACUUCCUUUGAGCUGGGUUAAAGCAUUUUGGGUUCCGCUUGUCUCAAUUGGUGCCCGGGCCAUUGGUUUGAGAGAGAGGUCUUGGGUUGCUUGUGAAGCUCGAAUACCAAAUUUUCCAUCUGAGUUUCCGGAAUGUGAUUCUUACGCUUCUUUAACCGAAACCGAAGCGGCCGCCAUGGAUAAAGAAGCCGCUCUCCGUCCUGCUUCCGUAAAAACGUUUAGCGUUCCCGUUCCACCUCCAUGGAACUGCGUUCGUUUCGCUUUCAAAAUGAAUCCCGCUGAAUCAAAAACCACUCAAACCUGUUCUAACGAAUCAGAUGCAGUUGCUGAACCGGCAUUACCAGACGAUCAUAUCGUUGUAGCGAGGUCAUCAAGAACAUUGUCUGGUUUCUUGAAUACUAUAAACGGUGAUCGUUUGCCUCUUUUCCCACAUUUUUGUGAUAAGAACACGUGCUUAUCUAAAAUCAUAAAGGAUGAGAAAGUACUCGAUCAUGACCUAAAUAUGGAUAGUUUUCUGGGAAAUCGAUGUCGAAAGGUGUGUUUAGUUAGAGUUACGCUCCGUGCUUUUAAGGAAGGUGCUAUCGAGGAUGGAGCUGUUGUUUGUGCACCCCGUUUAGCUGAUAUAAAGCUUUGGAUUUCAGGUUCAAACAACAAGGGUGAACUUCAAGUACCUCCGUCAUCAGUGGCAACAUACUUUGCGAAACAAGAUUCUGGUAAAUGGGAAUUUCGAGUGCCCGAGGAUCCUGCAGCCGUUGAGUCCAAUAGGUGGCCAAUCGGUUUCAUCACCUCCGGAUUUGUUCAAGGAAGCAAGAAACCAUCAGCGGGGGGUCUCUGUGAUGCGGUCUUGCUUGCGCGUCUUAGACACGAGCAGUGGAGUUCUGUGCCUUUGAAGCGAAGGAAGAAGGAAAUAUAUGUUCUAACAAGAAAUCUAAGAUCAACCGCUUAUAGACUUGCCCUCGCCACAAUUGUUCUUGAGCAUCAACAAGAAGAUUUUGAUUACGUUUGAAAUCAGUGUUGGGUUUUAUUUCUUUUUUGGUUUUGCCGAGUUUAAACCAAUUUGGCUUCUUUUGUGGCGGUGACUGAACCGGCCAUGCUGGUUUGGUUUGGUGGGUUUAACAUUUUGAGCUGUUUUUUUUUUUAGUUUUUCACAACAAUGUAAACUAUUAAUCUAUUAUGUAUGGUUACCGAUUCUAUUAAUUGAGUCAUAAAAACGCGUGUUUAAACAUUGUUUGAGAAAAAUUAUGUAUGGUCACCACGUUCUGUUCUU